UCUUUGUCUAUUGUAUUCUACACCCUAUCGAAGUCUAUUCCCGCUCCCAGUCUGCCAAAGGUGAGGCUCAACAGUUGGUUCUAUCCACGAUAUGCCCUUUCUACAAGAUAACAUGGCCACCUCGAUGCAUGAAGAUCAAUACCACUCGAUGCCUCCCACUGGCGGCGAGGCCUGCCGUCCUCCCGGCGACUACCGCAUCAACAGUCACCCGACCACCGACCCCCAUACCUCGGUGGAAGACUACAACCGAGUUAUGCUCGAAUACACCCAGCGCCGGAUGGCGGGUUUCGCCGAGUUCGACGACGACAAGGGCUCGUUCCCGAGCCGGAGCAGCCGCAGCAGUCAGACCAGCGGCAACAGCGGCACCUCGACCAGCGGCGUGCUGGCCCGUCAAGCGGCUGGACCGACGUCCACUUCGGCCGGGUCUCCUCACGCCUAAGCCUCCGCGCUGCAGGGCCGGCGCUGACUCGUCCUAGCGGGGAUCAGAGGUCGAGGCUGAGCCUUGACUUGCUCUUGGAACCCGCUUCACGAGUGAACG